AUGCAAUGUAUGGCAUAUCCUGGUGUCAUCAACCCUGUUGCGGAUGCACUCUCACGCAUGCUCCUCCUGGGUAACCCUUACCCAGAAGCCGUUGAUUUACAGGACAUAGCCACAGUGCUAACCGGCGACAUUGAUAUUGAGCGACUGCGCAAGGAAUCCACGCUUCUUUUCGAACAUCCACCACUUCCGUCCUCAGAACACAAAGUCUAUUAA